AUGAAGAAUAAUUACGCUCCAGUUUCGGAUUCUGAUGACUCUUUCAAAGUGCUCAAUGAUGAAAAGUCAGACGCUAGAUCUUUAGAUGGUACUGGUACGCCUCCUCCGUACUCAACUCCGAACAAAUUUAUUGAUUUAGAAAUGGCUGAUGGAUCUGCUCAGCAUUCUGCCCAAGAGUCCACUAACAACGCUGGGUCGGAUUCGAGAUAUUCGAAGUGGAUUCGAAUAGCUAUCUUCUUUUUUUUGCAUCUUUUGUUCGCGCAUAUGCUCUACCCGGGGUGGUACAAGCAAGUUGGUAGAGUGCUGUCCAACAUGUGUGCCGCAGUAUUAUGUACGGCUUCUCUGAAUGUCCCUUGUUAUUCCGUGUAUUAUUUUGUAAAGAAGGUAAUAGGAUUUGAAAAGAUGGACAAAGGGUUUUUCUAUUUUGUUUGCAUUGUUAACGUUGCCGUGUUUGUUUUAUUUUGGAGUACGGAUACGCGACAACUUCGAAUCUUCAUUGCUGAUUUAGGAAAUGGCAUGGGAAACAUGGUGAAUGCCAUAGGAAACGGCGCAGUUGUCAUAGGAAACGGUGCAGAUGUCAUAGGAAACGGCAUAAGAAAUGCUGCGAAUUAUUUUCGACCGACAGAUCCAGAAAAUGAAGCACCUCGUAACGAGGAAAUUGAGCUUCAACCUCUUGCUGAGCAAAGCGCUGAAGUUUGA